AGGAGCCCCGCCGCCGCGCUGCUGCUGCCACUCACUCAGUGUGCGUUGACUCCCAUGGUGAUCGGACCACAGGCGCAGUGCAAGAUGUUGAAUCUAAAAGCUUACUGGUACUUGGUGUAAUACGGAUUAUUCUUGGUGACCACUUUACUGCAGGAGGAUAUGUUGCAAAUAGUGUGUGGAGGCGGCGUGUGAACCUCCCAGGGACUUGCUGUAAGAACAAGAAUUGGACGAUAUCGAGGGUGCAGGCGGUGCAAAGUGCGAGCCUCGUGAAGGGUGCAGCACGCGGCAGCAGACACUCUUCUCUCCACACUUUCGCUCUCAGAUGUGAGGUAGCAUGUCAAAGGACGGGUUUUACCAGUCCAACCACCAGCCUGGAAGUAAAACAAUGGACGGCCUGAGUCUUCCCUCCUUUCCUUCGACCACCUACUGGUAUGAUGCUCACUCCACCGUGGGCAGCUUCUACCCCACCAACGAUGGGCUCGGUGCGCCUCCUUACAAAGGGCACCACGUCGAGGCUAAGCUGGCAGAGCGAGACAGAGACUCAUUGGAGUGGUGGACUGAUAGUUUGUGCAUGAGUAAUGACCAGAGAACUAUAGAUCCUCAGUACUGGGGAAGCCAGCCUAGCAAGCGCGGCUAUGUGCCUCCCUAUGAGCGGAUGGAGCCCGAGGUACACCCCCCAAGCCAGCCCAUGGCCAUGGUGAAUUUCGACGCAGGGGAGACAGAGUACAUGAAUGUGUCAGAUACAGUGAGGUCUGAGACGGACGAGAGGUCAAUGUGCUGCGACUCCCUCAGUAGCCAAGGGUUCUCCCCCACCAGUAGCAACAGUGAUAACUUGUCCAUUCAGAAAACGAGCCCCGAGCCCUAUAUGGUGGGAGAUGAGCAGAAAAGGAGUCAAAAGAGACAGAAAAAGGAGGCAAAGGAAAAAUCGAAGGAGGAUAAGCGAUGUGGCGUGUGUGGUGACGCGGCCCGCAGCAUGCACUUCGGGGGCAUGGCAUGCGAUUCCUGCAAGGCCUUCUUCCGCCGUUCGGUGCAGAGUGGUGCCUACAAGACCUUCCAGUGUCCUGAAAGUGAAAACUGUCCCAUCUCCAAGACCAACCGCAAAGUCUGUCAGUACUGCAGGUUCAAGAAAAGUCAGGAGAAUGGAAUGGAGAUCAGCUGGGUCAUGUCGGAAACUGAUCGCAUGGUACUCUGGAAGAACAGGCUGGCAAAGCAGCGUCACGUUCAAGAAGAAAAGAUUAAAGAUAAAAUGUAUGGGGAUCUUCCAAGGUCACUAGAUCCUCAAGAGGCUGACAAACUUAAGAACCUUACUGCACUACAGGAGAACACAUUCAGCUCCAUCCCAUACCCAAGUGACUGUUAUGGAGACACAGUAGAGGCCCUUGCUAAUCUCUUUGUCUGUAUUUGUAAGAAGCUUGGAAUGUUCUUCUACAAAAUAGAAGAGUUCCAAGAAGUGUGUAAGAAUGACCAAUCUCUCUUACUAAAAAAUGGCAUUGGUAUGUCCAUAUAUUUGCAUGGAGCUUAUCUCUAUGACAGUGAAAAGAAGACUUGGCCAGCAGAAUCUAAUAAAGAAGCACUUAAAAUUCCACCCGUAACUUUAGGAACACUAAGAAAAUUUACAGUUGUACCUGAAGCUUUUGAGGCAAUUAUGAAAUUCUACAACAAGUAUGCAAGGGAUGUAAAAGAUGAAAUUAUACUCUCCCUCAUAAGUGUGAUUGCUUUCUUCCAACCAGAUGACCCACAGUUUCAAGAUCCUGGUAAGAUUCAGGACAUCCAGUUGAAGUACUUGGCAUACCUGCAACACUAUUUGCAGGCCAAGGAAGGGGAUUCAGGGGUCAAGGUCACUUUUCCAAAACUUCUUGUUGGUCUUGCAGAUGUAAAAGAAAUCCUAGAAUUCCACAAUAGUGUAGACAUCAAGCCUACCAUAAAUCACCAACAGAUCUCCACACAUUCCUCAGCCAAAUGCCAAAUAUCAGCAUUAAGGGAAAUGUUUCCUGUGAUGUAUCAAGGAUUAUUUCCAGACUGUUCUUCAGUCCUAACAGCAGCAGAGCAAAGAAUGCCCAUGUGGCAACAAAAUACUCCCAUCAGAAGGGGGAAGCAAGUGAAGCCAAGUGCCGUCCUGCGCAGUGACCAGUUCUACCAUCCCUUGACCAACCAGAUGUUUGGAAGAGAUCCUAGAACUGACAUGAUCAUCACUAACCCCAUGGAACAGCUUGAAAGGACUAUUCGUAAACAGUGGUUGCCUCUUGCGCAAAUAAGUGAUGUAACAGAUCAAGAAAGGCCAGCGAACUACAGAGACUUGAAAGGAAGAAUUAUGUACAUGGAGUCAGAGAGAACUUCAACUUCAGAAGAAAGUUCAAAGAGACAACUAAAGAUUGUACCCAGUCAUGGUUACCGGAAUCUAAAUGAGUAUGGUUCAGUGGAAAAGAAAAGACCAGUUGAAUUUAGUACUGUGGAAAAGAAAAGAGUAGUUGAAGUUUUGUGUGAUGUUUUGCAACAUAUUUCUUGUUCUGAUGAUGCAGAGGUUCAUUCACUAAAGCAAAAACUAUCCCCCCACUUACUGUCCAAUCUGGCACAAAGACUGUCUUCAUAGCAGUGACACUAUUACUAUCCUUCUCACUGCCAUGUAUGUACAACCGAAUUUCUUUUAAUAUAGUGUAACAUAUGUAAAAUGAGUUACUAUGUAUUAUGUCAAAUAUUUGUUUUAUUUAUUUAUUUAUAUAAGAAGAAUUUGUGUUUUUAUAUUCUUGUAAAGUUACAAAAUUAUAGUAAUUAUUGUUUUAGGUAAAAAUCAACAGAGAUCAUAGUGUUAGGGAUUUAAACUCAAGUUUAAACUUAUGCUGUAGCAUGCUUUUACUUUCAAAAGUGAUACAUUUUAGUUAUAUGUUCCUUUCCUCAUUAUCAGUAUUUAAGCAUGUUAAAUAUCAAUAUAUCAAAAUUCACCAUUAGUGUUGUAAGUUUUCAACAUUAUGAUUAAUCAAAAUAUUUUGAUUAUUUUUGUAGACAAUCUUUCCCCAGUUUCAGAGCAAAUAUAUGUAAUUUUGAAUGUUAUUAAGCAUCUCUUGUUUCCUAUUAGUAUACCUGUAGUUACCAUUUCUUCAUCCAUGUACAAUCUGCCAAGUUUUGCUCAGUAAAUUUUUCUUCAUUGUUGAGUCAUUUAGAUAUUAUUUUCAUAGUAAAUGUUUCCCAUAGUGAUUAUAAUGAACACAUUAGAAUAUAAUUUGUAUGUACAUAAUUACUUUGUAAUGAACUGUUGUACUGUUCACCUGUUAAGAGGUGAGAGGUGGCAGACACUCGUAGUUACUGAAGGAGAGGAUCAUGUUAACAGUGAAGAGGCCUAAAAAGUUACCAAAUCCUUCCCAUAAAGUGAAUUAUGCUGAAAUGCUUGUACAAAGUCAACUGGGUCAUCAUUACUCUUGUUAUUUGUACCCUGUUGAACAAAAGAUACUAUAACUUAUUUUCUGACAAUGUCGUGUGUUUCUUGGUUACAUAUAGUCUACAGCAGGUUCGAGUUUGACGCUUGAUGACUGUUAUGAAUUUAAAUAAUUACCACUGUACAACCUUACACACUGUGAGUAUUGUAAGGUACAGCAGCUGGGAUCCAAGUCCUUGGUACUUCAACACAAAUGGUGGAUUUUGUCAAGGGAAGAAUCCUUUUAAUUAGACAGAAACUGUCUGACUGAUCUAAGACACAAGUUUGCUUCAGAGUUGAGUAGUUUUCUUCUGUUUUCUAAAGGAGUUUUCUUUUUGUUAGGGGAAGUAGUAGGGGAGGAAGAUGUGGGUAACUGCAUUUGAAUAGCUUAAAAGCUGUGGCUUAACUUCACUUCUUGGUGCAAGAAAGGUCCAUAUACUGGUUUCAAGUUGUUCAUUAGCUUCACUCAGUCAGUCAGUAAUUAUUAAUAUCAUUUGUGCAUCAAUGCAUUGGUCUUUUAGGUUCUAGUUCUAUCAUGUUGCCAUGUGGUAUUUCUAUGAAUGAAUUCAUGUACAUAUCGGGUUACCAGUGGAGUGUAUCAAUGCCCCAUGCCAGUGUAAGUGGCACACCUGGGUCAGAAGACAAUGACUACUAAGCCUCACCUUAAGUAAGAAAACUAUGAGCAUAGAGAUGCGAAUAAAUUAGUUUCCACCUAUAAUGUCUUAUGGGUGUUGCCACUUUCCCUAAGAAAUGUCUAAUGUAUAGUAUUACAAAGAAUGAUGUACUCACAUGUACAGUACAUUGUAAGUUAGAGGAAGAAUUUGUUUCAGAAUAUCCUUUUUCAUUGAAAAGUAGAUGUACAACUAAACACUUUGAUGCAUCUAUGGACUAGCAAAUCUAAAAAUAAUGACUAAUAAUAUGACUGUCACUGGACAAGGAGUACAUGUUAAUGCAUCAGCCACAAACAGAAUGUAGAGUUUUGUUUAACCUUGUAACAAGUGUAUGGUGAGGUAGGAAUCCUGGAGCACUUCCCCUAAGAUAGUGCUACACUCUUGGGCUUAGAAGAACUUCAACUGGAGGCUUUUUUUAAUUAACUAUUUAUCUACAUCAAUAUAAUGAACAAAUCAUAAAUAAAAAAUAUUACAUGAUAAACUUCACAGCAUAGCUACUUAUAUUUAGAAAAUAAUAAUAUACAUCUCAAAUUUAAGAAAAUAUUUAAGAAAAAGCAGAGAAACACAGGAUGAUUGUAAUAAUUCAUAGAAAGACUCUUGCCCACCCCAACAUAUCAAUAACUUGACAAUUUUAAAAUUCUCCUCAUUGACUUGUACAUAAUUGGAAGUCACCCCAUCAUCCAGAACACUAAUUAAUAACAGGCUCAUGAAAACAUUCUCUUCUCAGUGACAUACAAAAUACAAUAAAAAAUUUGGUUUCUCUCAUAUUACUGCUUGGUGAUAAGCUUGUGAAAACUGCAAUAUAUUUACUUAAGUGUAUACUAGUCACCUCAUGCAUAUGCUGUAGAGGUGUAAAUCUGUUGUGUUUAUAGACUAGCAGCAUUGUUGAUGGCUGCCUCUCAAAGCCCAUGGUGCAUAGAGUCUCUGGGGAGUGUUCCUGGAUGGCACUAAAUGAAAGAAUAGUGUUGAUAUUAGUGAUCAAAACUCACUUAUAGAAUCCUAAGUGUAAAGUCUGCCAAAUAUGGAGAUAAACAUUUAACUGAGUAUAUAUAUAUAUAUAUAUAUAUAUAUAUAUAUAUAUAUAUAUAUAUAUAUAUAUAUAUAUAUAUAUAUAUAUAUAUAUACAAUUAUAUUAAGUCAUUAAUGUUCUCACUAAAUUAUCUUAAUUCAAUGAAAAAAAAAAUAAUAAUGUACACAGUAGAGUUUUAGGAUUCUUCCCAAAUAGCAUAUGACUGAAAUGUAUACGAUAUAAUCCCAGAAGAUAUAAAAACUGUAAGCUAGGGUGUGGUAAGGCAAGAUUUGGCAACUCUAAACAAGUCAGCAAUUCAGUAUAUUGCAGUACACAAAGUGCACUAAUAUGUAGAAAAAAAUCAUGUGUUUGAUCAAGAUAUAUUCAGAGAAGGUAUUUUGCCUGGAAUUAUUGCUCAAGUGAAAUAGAGUAAAAUAUUUAAAAAGAGCUUAUGUAGAAGAGGUAUAAGUAGAACUGCAUCAUUUCAUUCAUGUGUUUGGCAGAUUAUCAUAUAACUUGCUCAAAUGUUGUCAUUGAAUUUCACUCAUAAAAUGAUUAGCAGUUCAUUAAUUUAUGUAAAAUAAAGUUAUACAAGAGU